CGCGGAAGGAAGGGGAGGGGGAGGGCAGACGGUAUCCAGGGAGGAAGGCCGGAUAGCAACCAGAACCGGGGAGAUCGGGACUGACCCACCGACACCGACCGGAAGAAGGGUGGCCGCCAUUGGAUGAUGACAGAGGAGCAGUGAUCCGCCCACCCGGUGACAUCAUGGCUGAGGGACUUGCAGACGGGAUCGGAUUCUUCCCGGGGGACGCCUUUGAGGCGAGUGGGCUGCAGAAUAUAUUGAAGAAAGUUCCAUCGAUCUUCCCCAACGCGUCCCGCCGCGGACGCAAGGCAAACGCACCGCGUAAGAGAACUCACCCGCUCUCCAUCGUGCUGAACACAUCUCAGGGACAAGAUUAUGGUGGAGAAACACCUACCUCCCUCCCGUGCGGAGCGCUGGGCCUGGCUGGUGUCGGCCCCGGACUUCUUCCAGAUGGACCGGUCAGUAAAAAAACAAGACGAUCGGCGGAACGUUCCCAACUACGCAAGGCUGGAAUGAAACCCAAAGCCAGAACUGCCAAGGAGAGGAAGGAGAUGUCGGAGAAGAUUCUGAACCUCACCAUGGAGAUCAUUUCUGUCCUGGCCGGAGAGGAAUGUACGGUCAUGACAAAGUCUGGUGAGCCGGUCAUCCCCGGGAACUACCCACCAGCCCCAGGAGGUCCAGUAUCGGCAUCUGUAGCACAGACUCUGAAACAGGAGAGGCAAAGCGACCAGAAGAUCCUGGAUCUCACCUUCCGAAUCAUCCAGCUGCUGACUGGAGAGGGCCCCGGCAGUGGUGAGGAUUCCACUAGUUCCCAUGUUGGGAGAGGGAAGAACAAAGAUGCGCACAGAAGUGUGAUAGUGGAGAGGAGCCGACCUUCCACCUCCCAGGGUACAAGUCUGGCGGAGGAGGUCAUUUCCGUGGAUGCCAACGUCUAUAGGGGUACAGAUAACAUUAAUAAGGAUGAGAUGGGCACCCCCAAGGGGGAAAUGAUCACUGAAUCGGGAACCUACAUCCAGACGAUCAGUUCGCCCUUUAAGGUUCAGAGCAUCAAAGACGAGUCCAGUGCUGAGGACAUCCUGGGUGACUCGGAUCCUGCAGAGAUCCGUAUCAAGGAAGAAUCUGCGUCUUGUGAGGAUGGGAACGCCAUGGACAACGCGCAGUUCUUGUCCAUAAAGAUCAAAGAGGAGUCUGUCUCUGAAGACGAAGGAAAUGCCAGCUAUCCUGAAACCUAUAGAGCCCCGAAAUACAAGAAACGCAGCUACACACCUCCUCCAUACCACGCUGAAGAUACCGACUCUGGAGGGGACGACAACGAUUCUAAUAUGUACACCCCAGCUGACUAUGAGCAGUACCCGGCCUCUCACACUGAACCUCCUCCAUUGCUCUUCCAAAACAGUGGCGGCCCCGUUGACUUCUUAGGGUUUGAUGAAAACAGUAACUUGGAUACGGAUGUAAACGCUCUAAUAAAACACGCACAUACAAAAUUCUCAUUCGCCCCAAUCGAGGGUGGAUCGGGCUCUGAGGAAGACGAGCCGCUUCCAGAACCUGACAUCCAACUUCCACCCCAAGACGACACACCCCAAAAAUCAGCUCCCAGUACAGAGGAGCCCAAUUCGGGCGACGAAGGAACGAGCGAAGAGGCGACCGUCUCCUCCACCAAGAAAGACCGCACGAUGAAGACCUACACGUGCUCGGAAUGUCAGGAGUGCUUCGUCAGGCGCUCAGACUUUGCCAAUCAUCGGAGAGAUCACCGGAGAGAGAGACUGACCUGCCCCGAGUGUGGAAAGGUGUUCGCCAACAAGCCGACCCUUCUCAACCACCUGACCGGUCACACCGGAGAGAAACCGUAUUCCUGUUCUGUAUGUGGCAAAUGUUUUACCAGAAAUAGCAAUCUGAUCGUCCAUCAGGCCACCCACAUAGAGCGGAGCCCAUUCACCGCCCUGAACGUCGCAGAUAUGCUGGUCAAGCAGAUCUUGUGAGAUGGAUCAUCGUUGGAUCUUGUCAUGGAAGAAGCCAUUUCUAACAUACAGACACCUAUUAAUAUUUGACCGGAGUCCCCACCCCCUUUGUGACCUCGUGGACAGUAGCAUGUGCGUCUUGUCUGUCAGUCCCCGCCCCUUUCCCCCAAUUUAUGCAAUAUUCUCACCGUGGCAUCAGGGAGACUAACCAUCGAAAAUCUUGUCGUUUCCGUUUUUCCUCCUGAGAGUCGGGAGGGUGUUUUCCUUCGUGUUACGUGGCCAAAGUCUUCGAACUUCGAGUAUUUGUCUUUCCAGGAAGGAUCUCUUUGCCAAUGGCCGAUACGAGAGCCGCCACCCCCUCCCCCCGCCUGGAAAACGGCCGUCUUUGUUUCUUCUCAUUUGUAUCGUUUAUCUCGGGAUUACUGAAAACCAUCCACAAUAAUGUUUGAGGAUAGUUAUUUUUUUAUUUCCAAAAAUAAGAUGUCUGCCGGGUCGGAGGAGCGUCUGCCGGGUCGGAGGAGCGUCUGCCGGGUCUGAGGAGCGUCUGCCGGGUCAGAGGAGCGUCUGCCGGGUCAGAGGAGCGUCUGCCGGGUCAGAGGAGCGUCUGCCGGGUCAGAGGAGCGUCUGCCGGGUCAGAGGAGCGUCUGCCGGGUCCGCGGAGCGUCUGCCGGGUCUGAGGAGCGUCUGCCGGGUCUGAGGAGCGUCUGCCGGGUCUGAGGAGCGUCUGCCGGGUCUGAGGAGCGUCUGCCGGGUCUGAGGAGCGUCUGCCGGGUCUGAGGAGCGUCUGCCGGGUCUGAGGAGCGUCUGCCGGGUCUGAGGAGCGUCUGCCGGGUCCGCGGAGCGUCUGCCGGGUCGGAGGAGCGUCUGCCGGGUCCGCGGAGCGUCUGCCGGGUCCGCGGAGCGUCUGCCGGGUCGGAGGAGCGCCUGCCGGGUCGGAGGAGCGUCUGCCGAGGACGAACGUUCAACGAGGACGAAAGCUGAAGAUUUUUUUUUUUCCUGCAAUUCCAUCUUUAUAAUUUUUUUCAUAUUGAAAAUAACUAAAAUGUCUUAAUUAAAGGCUGUUAAUUAACCACCUGACAAUAUCUGGAUGCGUGAUGACGCUUGCUAUGUGACGAUAAUUUCUGACCAUCCCCCCCCCAUCUUCCUUGUCCCUUGUUGAGAGAUGACGCGUCUUUUAAACCUGAAGAUCUCGGUCAUGGCGAGCCGUUGUUUCUGAUUUUAUUUCUGCGUUCACCUGUAACCUGCGUUACCAUUUCCCCAUUUUGUCCUGCCAUAUUUUAUUUUUAGUAAUGGGCUGGAAUGAAUAAAUAUAUAUACUGCCUUGUUAGCAGCUGUGCAUGAUA